GCCGUUUGAAUUGCAAAAAGUGUUUUGUUUGAGUAUUUAUUGCUGUUUUAUUUGAAUUGAAUUGGUAUUUAGUUUGCUUAAAUUCAUUUAAAUUCGUUUGUUGCAUGAAAUGUCGAAUCUUGCAAAUAUAUACGCUGAAUUGCUGCGCAAAUAUGGCAACAACUACACAAUCACAUAUAGCCCGCCACCAAGUUACUUGGUUAGAUUAAUUGGCGCGCGCGAAGCUGGUAGCAAAAUUAUUUUCAUGUACAAUGAAAAUCGGAGUGGUGUGAUAACAACCACGCCCACUAAGUUGUUAUUACGAUCGGAGCGUCGUUCUUCAUCGAAUUCGGCACUUGAUCUGACAGGAAGUCCAUUGAAGGAUGAUUGCAUUGUGGAUGCAAUUGGUGAUCGUUCGCUGGACUUGAACAUCGUUAAUCGGAAUCCUUGGAAGCAGGAAGAGGAGUAUCAUCGCGGUCAAUUAGCUGAUAAGGCGCGAGCAAUCAUCUGCACCGAGCAUUUUCAGAAAUGCGAUGGAUUGGGAUCUGUUUGGUUCCUGUGCGACGGCAGCGAUUUUGGCCACACUCUAAUGCUGCAAUAUGAGUUUAAUCCGACGCACUUCUCGCGCGGUAUUGUCACCUACUCGGGUGUGCUGCCUUCCUACAUGGUGACAUCACAAUCCCUGGUGCGACAGCAUGGCAUGGCUGCAGGCACUCCCCUGGAGACAUACAUUGAGAACUGCUACCAAGUGAAUCCACACAUGACGCUGCGGUUCAAUUGGUCAACAUCUGCUCCGCUGCCGCUGCUCGUCGAUCUCAGUGCAUGUAAUGUAAUCCUUAACCAAACGUUUCAAGUCGGUGAAUGUAGUCCAUUGACGGAUGCAUUUAUGAAUCAACUGCGGAUUUUAGUAUACAUCCGAGAGGACAUUGUUAGCUAUUACAGCGAUGAGAAGGCGGGCAUUAACCGCGAUCCUGUGUACCGUUGUGGCGGUGGCAUUGACAUGGACGAGCUGCGCGAGUCGAUCAAUAAAACAAUGUCCGAAGUUUCGGGAUUCACUGAUGUCAUUACGGACGGUAGCGCGGAGAACGACAUUGAAGAGAUUGUGGAGCAGGCCAAACUGCGCCGGCUCACCGAUUUAACUGACAAGCUUUGGGAGUUACUUAAAUGUUGCUCUUCAUACAAGGAUCUGAAAAUAGCCUUCAACAUGCUCUUUCAGUGCGCUGUGCGCUGUAAUAUUGUGAACAUGCCUACCAACAAAAAUCGAUUGGCGGAAAUAAUCUCGAAUUUGGCCAACAGUCGCUUGGCCAUGCCAUGUCUCAGUGGGGCAGAGCCCUUGGAAUUGCUGCUAGAGAUAGGUUUGGAAAAGGCUUACAAGGACUAUGAGUUUAUCUUUACGGAGAGUAAAGUCUGCAGCAUCAGUUUGCUAAAAGGCGCCGGCACAGCAGCAGACCCCAUCGAUCCAUCGAAUGAUCUUCCCAAGCUGCGUAAAUCCCUGCACAAUGCUGGACGCGGUGAUCCUAUGCCCAACGGUGCCGCCGGCAUACGGAAGACAUUGUUGCAUCACAGUGGCACUGAUAACAAGCAAUCAGGCGCAAAGUUUCAGAAUGGCGACAUGUCUGGCUUUAAGAACAGCAGCUUUGAUGAACAAGACAGCAUGAUGUCCAUUUCCAAGUUAUUUCAAAUACAUUCCACGCUGGAGCACAUCUUGAUGAUACACAUCAAUUUGAAUAUACCCAACGUGUACGCCGAUGUCUGCACUCAGCUGUUGAGUAAGCCACCACGGCAGUUGGAGGGCAUUGAUGACCAGCUAAGCGAUGUUGUGGAAAUACAAUUGUCGGCCCACUAUGUGCGGGAACACUUGAACGGCAAGGAUCCACACUCACGGCAAAUAACAAUGAAAUCGCUGAAUAAAUUCAGGGAACUUACUACUACAUUCUAUUUCAAUUUGGAAAACAUUUGUCCACCCGAGCUGGCGCAAUGCUUUCAAUGCGAUGAUAAGGAACUGGUCAAGGAGCGUACAUACCACGCGUGGCUGUAUCGCAAAAUUCGCACACUCAAAUAAAGUAGAUUCCAUUGCAAAUGUAAUUGAAAUAAUUUGUAUAUAAUAUAAUUAUAAAUAUUUGUACAACAA